UUUUCUGUCUCCUUUUAUAUUAAAGUGUAAGUAUUUUGUAUGAUAAAUAUGGCAGAGGCAACUCUCCUUCAGUCAGAGUUAGCAGAGGAGUUCCGGCUUGCUGCCGAACAUGUAAAAAGUACUUUGGUCAGUCGGCUUGAACCUUCACAGCUCCUUGAAUUGUAUGCCCUUUAUAAGCAAGCUACUCAAGGACGAUGCCCCCCUGAUAAACCGAGGUGGUACCAAAUGCAAGAAAAGCAAAAGUGGGAAGCAUGGAAUCGGCUGGGAGACAUGGAGCAAAGUGAUGCCAUGUCUGGCUAUGUGCAGUUGGUGUCUGAACUUGAUCCAGGUUGGACUGCUGAGCCAACCCAGGACCGACCUAGUGAAGGUUGGGUUACUGUCAGCUGUUUGAGUAACACUGAUGAAUUUAUCCAUGAUUCGGAUAAGACUGUAUUUGAUUGGGUUAAAGAGGGAGAAAUACAGCGAGUCCGCAAUGCUGUGCUUAAAGAGGGUAUUGAUGUUAAUGCUGUCGAUGCUGAAGGGAUGGGACUGAUCCAUUGGGCAUCAGAUAGGGAUAAUGUUGACAUGCUGAUUAUGCUAGUGUCCGAGUUAAAUGCUGAUGUCAAUUUGCAAGAUCAAGAAGGUCAAACUGCCCUCCACUAUGCUGCUUCAUGUGGUCAUGUUGCGGUAAUUAGGUUCCUGGUUGAACAAGGUGCUGACCAAACAAUUGCUGAUGUAUAUGGUAUGUUACCUGCUCAUGUUGCCUCGGGUGAAGAGAUGUGCCAUUUAUUUAACCCUGUCAAAUCAUCCAGUCAGUAAUGAUUCUUUCAUUGCAUUCUCUUGUGGCGCAAUAUCAUUGUCCCUUUGUUAAAAGUUGAGAGUUGUUUUGUACCAUGAUUAGAGCUUGUUGUGAAGGCUGUGUGUCAAUGCAAAAUAUAUCUAAUUUUUAUUGAA